GUUCUUUGUCGCGAGAGCUGAAGACUAUAUAUAUAAAAGCUGAGCGUUGCAGUUAUUGUAUUUAGAACAAUAAUGGUUGACAACCGUUCAAGUAAAUAAAAAGUACAAUAUAACUGCAGUGUUUGGGAUCUCGGACUGUACAAUCAGGUGAAGCCUUUGGUUUAUUGAUCUUAUUUGCCGUGAUGCAAGGUGCCGCAAGAUUUUCCUGUUGUACUUCAACCCCUACAAGCCUCCUUGUCUCUAUAUGCAGGCGGAGCCAGUCUGCAUUAUACAGCAAUGCCGUCUUGGCGCCCCGUUUCGAGUAUAAAUCAGAUGCAAGCGUCUCCGAAAGCGAGGAUGAGGUCAAUGCUCAAGCUAUGACGCAAAGGACGAGGACUGCUACAUAUAAUCAAUACAAAUUAACCGAUUACUUCCAAGAAGACCGUGUACACUUUGAGGAGGUGCAUUUGAGUAGGAGAAGGAAGGCCUUGCAAACAGCCACGCUAUACAGACGCCUCAUCUAAGGGUCUCUGAAUAGUCCCAGUGUAUAUAAUCAAAGAAUCACGCCAUCGUGCAAAUUGCAAGGAUCUUCACCGGCUAUGAAGUACGAUACUACGCUUGGACUAUACACUAGUGAGGCUGCUCUCGAUAACACCUGGUCUUGUUGAUGGCUGCCGGACGAUUAUAUAUAUAUAUAUAUAUAUAAAUAAAACAAUUAAAAAAAUACUUAACCCUGCGGACGGUUGGUACUAAUUCAUAUCGUCUGGAUGGAAGGGUCGUGCCUAUGGAUGGUUCUAGGAGGAUGCUGGACUCUUUUUGGGUAGUCAGCAAGCGUGGCUGCAUUCGACAAUAAGAUUUAGUAAGUCUGCCGUCCGGCAAUGUAUAUAUAUAUAUAUAUAUAUUGUGUCAUUAAAAUACUAAAAUACUGG